CAUAGGAGGGGGAAAAAAGCAACGUGAUCCAUAGAAAGUCUUUGCCCUCUCCUAAUUACGUCUUGUCUCAUGUCGUUUUUCUACUUUUUUUUCUUCUUUUUUUUUAAAUCUUAAACGAAUUUAGCUUGCUGGGAAGGAGAAUAAGGAGCCAGAGGAGAAUAAAACCAGCCGAUAAGCUGAGGGGUGGUGUAUUUUGAAACGAGAUGGCUAACAGGAAGGUUCUAUCCCUCAUCCACAAAUUCUUCUUCUUAGUUCUGAUUCAACCCACACUUCAAGGAGGUGUGUAUGUGCCGGCUGGGACUGGAAUCGAAGCUGGAGGUGCUAGACCAGGCGCUGGCCUCUAUCCAGGAGCUGCUGGUGUCCCAGUGGGAUACAAACCAGCAAAAACAGGAGGAGGCUAUGCAGGGCGAGGUGUUGGUACUGGCGGUGCACUCCCUGGAGGUGUCGGGGCGGGUGGUUUAGGAGCCGGGGGGCUUGGAGUUGGGGCUGGUGGAAAGGCCCCCAAACCUGGCUACGGAAACCUGGGAGCCGGUGGACUCGGGGCUGGGCCUUAUGGAGGAGCUGGUGGUCCCGCAUUAGGAGCAGGAGGCCUUGGAGGCGGAUACCCUCAAGCCCAGCCUGGCGGAUACCCUCAAGCCCAGCCUGGCGGAUACCCUCAAGCCCAGCCUGGCGGAUACCCUCAAGCCCAGCCUGGAGCUGGUUAUGGUGGCUACGGUGGAUAUGGAGGUAGAGCUGGAGGAUUCUUCCCAGGGGCUGGAGCCGGUGGACAAAAGGGUCCCAAACCAGGUUAUGGAGGUAGUGUGCUGCCUGGAGGUGGUUUACAGCCAGGGUACGGUGGAGCAGGACUUCCUACUGGUGGACUGCAGCCAAGUCUAGGCGUAGGUGGCAAGGGUCCAAAACCACCCAAAGGAGGAGUCGGCACUGGAGGGACCGUGCUGGGUGGAGGUGGGGGGCCUGGGGGAGCAGGAGGCGGAGCUUCUGUUCCUGCAGGAGCACCAGUCUUUCCUCAGACUGGUUUACCUGGAGGAGGGCUUGGAGGGGCAGGGAAAAAAGCUUCAAAAGUGCCAGGGGUUGGUGUCCCUGGACUUUACCAAGGUGGAGUGGUGCCAGGAACAGGGUUUGGUGGUCGUGGGGUUCUGCCUGGAGUGGCCACUGGGACUGGCCUCAACACAAAAUCAUUGCCUGGUGGUGGGCAGGGAGGGCCAGGAGGACCAGGAUAUGGGUACGGAGGACCAAUGCAACCAGGAGUGUUCCAUGGAUAUCCACUCAAAUCACCCAAAGCACAAGGAGGCUAUGGAGCAAAACCUGGAGGAGGCAAACUUCCCUUUGGUUAUGGGGGCUUUGGUGGUGGAGUAGGUCUUCCAGGAGGGAAAGGGGGUCCUGGGUCCAGGCCAGGCUACCCUGUUGGAACUGGGGUGGGCACACAAGGUAUCUCCCAGGCGCAGGCUAAAGCUGCUAAAUAUGGUGGCCCAGGUGGUGGUGUUCAAGGAGGAGUUCAAGGAGGAGUUCAAGGUGGAGUUCAAGGAGGACCAUGGGGUGGAGGCUUGCCAGGAGCUGGAGUGGUGGCUGGAGGAGCAGGAGGAUUACCUGGGGCAGGGCAAGGAGGAUAUUCUGCUGCGGCAAAAGCUGCUAAAUAUGGAGUUCCUGGGGGAGCAGGGGCAGGGCUAGGUGCUGGAGGACUGGGAGGAGCAGGGGUUCCUGGUGGGGCUGGAGGGUACCCAGGUGGUGCUAAGGCUUUAAAAUAUGGGCCAGGUGGAGCAGGUGGAAUCCCAGGUGGGGGUGCUGCUGCGGGGACUGGAUGGGUACCAGGGACUGUCCCAGGAUACGGAUCCUACGCAGGUGGUGCAGGUGGUGCAGGUGGUGCCAAGCCUCCUAAAUAUGGUGUACCAGGAGGGGCUGGUGGAGCAGGGGCGGCACCAGGGGGUGGAUACGGAGGCUAUGGUUAUGGUGCUGGUGCUGGAGCAAAACCACCUAAGUACGGAGUCCCUGGAGGUGCAGGAGCUGGUCCAGGUGUUGGAGGAGUGGGAGGGGCAGGAGGGCUUGUCCCAGGAGCUGGAGGAUACUCAGCGGCUGCCAAAGCUGCUAAAUAUGGAGUUCCUGGAGGAGCAGGAGCAGGGCUAGGUGCUGGAGGACUGGGAGGAGCAGGAGGGCUUGUACCAGGAGCUGGAGGAUAUUCAGCUGCUGCCAAAGCUGCUAAAUAUGGAGUUCCUGGAGGAGCAGGAGCAGGGCUAGGUGCUGGAGGACUGGGAGGAGCAGGAGGGCUUGUACCAGGAGCUGGAGGAUAUUCAGCUGCUGCCAAAGCUGCCAAAUAUGGAGUUCCUGGGGGAGCAGUGGCAGGGGCUGGAGGACUGGGAGGAGCAGGAACAGUGCCUGGGACUGGGGCUGGAGGGGUAGGAACCGGAGGAUAUUCUGCUGCAGCCAAAGCUGCUAAGUAUGGUGUUCCAGGAGGAGCAGGGACAGGGCCAGGAGCUGGGGGACUGGGAGGAGCAGGGGUGGUUCCAGGGGCAGGAGCUGGAGGAUAUCCUGGUGGAGUUAAACCGCCCAAAUAUGGCGUGCCAGAGGGAGCAGGCAUUGGUGGAGUGGGUGUUCCAGUGCCAGUGGCCACACCUGGGGCAGGUGUGGGUGAUGGUCGAGGUGACACUGCAGGGGGUGCACCAACUGGCACAGGGGUCCCUUUUGCUGGUAAACCAGAUAAAAUUCCAACUCUAGAACCUUCUGGGCUUAAGCCAGGACCGGCACCUAUUGCCUCAAAUGGCACGGCCCCAGAGGCCCCAGAGCCCAGUGUCCAACCUGGUGUUGGUGCUGGAGUUCUUCAACCAAGUGCUGGAACAAGUGUUGGCGGAGCAGGAGUUGCAGCUCCCUCUGGUGUUGGUACCACAGGCCAGGGCCUGCCUAGUGAGUGCAAUCUCAACACCUUUGCCGUAGGGGUGCAGCAACCCGGUGGUGUAGGAGUUGGUACAGGUGGGAAAGCACCUAAACCACCAGGAGCAGGGGGAUACCCGUAUCGGGGAUACCCAAAUCUUGGUCAAGGUUAUUAUGGACAGGGUGCUGGAGGAUAUCCAUAUGGUGGCUAUGGGGGUCCCUAUUACGGUGCUGGUACUGGAGCUGGCACACUUCCUAGUGCCAAGCCCCUGAAACCUCCAGUGGGCGGAGCAGGGGGUGUCCCAGGAGGAGCAGGGGGUGUCCCAGGAGGAGCAGGCAUUCCACUGACAGCUGGAGGUGGGACAGGACGAUACCCAUAUGGUCAAGGUUAUUAUGGACAGGGUGCAGCAUAUCCUGCUGGUGUUGGGCUGGGAGCAGGAACUGCAGCUGGAGCAGGUGGUAAACCACCCAAACCAGGCUAUGGUAAUCUGGGUGCUGCUGGUGGAUACCAACCAGGGGCAGGGGUAGUACCAGGUUACGGCGGAGGCUACCCUCAACAAGCAUUCCCAGGGUAUGGUGCCGGUGCUACAGCUCCUCUAACUCCUCAACAAGCCAAAGCUGCCAAAUAUGGACCACUCCAAAGCUUUCUAGGAGGUGCUGGAGGAGGAGGCUAUAGAGGAGGAGUUCCUGGAUGCCAAGGCAAAUACUGUGGGAGGAGGAAGUAGAACACCUCUCGUGAUGCAAAGUGACCUCAAGCAGCAUUGGUGCUACUGCAGGAUCUAGAAUGUACAUUUUAAAUGCAAAACUCCCCCAUUGGUAUGGAAAGAUAUUUUGUACUUAUUUGACAUAAGCAUUGUUUU